GUUGCCGGCCUUGCUUUGCUGGUGUUCGGGGUGCUUGGCUUUCUGUCCUUGUGCAUCUACCUGGCCGUCAUGGUGCCCAUCUGGAGCUCGCGGGGGCAGCACGACUAUGUUCGAUCCGCUCGGUUUCUGGUCUUCCGCUUUCGCCUGGAUAGCUGGUGGUGGGGCGUGCCGCUGCUGAUGAGGGGCCCACUUCUCUCAUUGCCCCUGGCGCUUGCCACCGACUUCCCGGCGGUCCAAGCCUCGUUCGUGACGCUGACCAUGCUGCUUUUCCUCACCGGAGGAGCCCGCGCCUGGCCCUGGAAGGUGCCGCUGCUGAACACCUUGGACUGCUUCAU